AUGAUGAAUAUAUUUUUUGGGAUACUAUCUCUAUUGAUAGCCACAAUAGGAGCCAGUAGUGCUCCCAAAAUACAAAUAUUCGAAAUAAGAGAAAACGAGAAUGGAAUACACUUGAAAAACUUAAAUCCAGAUGCAAGAAGUAAUCCAAAAACUGAUCCUUUAGCCAAGUUACUGAGAGGUCCAAAGCCUGAUAACCAAGCUGUAAAACUUGCCAAGCAGUUGCUUAGCAAAUUAAAGACUAUGAGAGAAGAUGAUAAAACCAACAGAUAUUAUGACCAAAGUCACCAUUAUACUCCAAAUAAUGAUUAUUAUAACACUGAAUAUGAAGAAACCCAUUUCGUUGACAAAACUAGGAGUAAUAAGGCUGCACGGGAUAAUAACUCUUUUAAGGAGUUGCUGAUGCAGUUAUUACCUUCACAGAAUAAAGGUAAUGCUUAUGCAAAUCCAGUUUCACUUCGAAUACCAAAGCGAGGCUUGAGAAGUGAUCAAGUUCUAGUAGAAUCUAGAACAAACAUACCCAAGCGUCAACAUGAAUAUGUCUAUGACGACAAUGAUGCACGAAUGCAGCAGCAGGAGGAUGAAAAACAAUACAAUAAUUAUUAAUUUGAUAUUAAAUAA